CUUAGUUUAUGCUCCACCAUGAGCUAAACGUCAAAUAUCAAGUACCAUAUUAAGUGAUGUUGUUACUCGCGACACGAUCACUAUUUCAGUCCAGCCUUACAUAACUCUGCAGCUCGAAAAAUAGCUCAGUUUGACGUUUAAGACUUUACGUGAGGUGGGUAGUAAGUCAAGGAAACAGAACUGUUCUAGCGCGUUGAUAAGGUCUUGACCACUCAGGAAACGCGUGAGUUGUGGGUAAGUAGUUUAUGAUGUUUGGUAAAAAUUAGGCGCCAUUCCGGAUAGUUUCUUUUGUUUUACUAUACAAUAGUUUAAGUUUGCUCGCGGCAGUGGCUGUAAUCCCCGUUAAGUAGAGAUGCAAUAUUUUUCUCUCUAGGUGUAAGAAUGUAUUGACAAGAUACAAUAAACACAACUUCUAAAAAGAAGACCACAUAAAAGGCUCCUUGAAUUUUCAAAAAGCAGUAAUGGUUUGUUCUUUUAAAAGACAAGGAUUCGUGCGUGGCAAUCUGCGUUCGAGCUUCAAGGACCUACACAACUGACGCAAACGAAACUUGGUUUUAAAUAGUUUUUAAAUAGGUCAUUAACCAACUAAGGAAUAUGUGAAGUAAAACUGUACUAUACUUCAGUUUCGACAAAGAUAAACAACUAACUUGCCCAAGGCUAUAAUUAAUUAGUUAUCUUUGAAAUAUUCCAGUGGACUCCUUUAUACGUAUUCAUUUAAUUUGCAAAGCAAUUGUUUGCUGCACAUAACAGAUUGUUCUUUAAUUAGAAAGUUACGAAUACAUUAGUGCUUCUAAACACCUCCCAGAACAAAGAGCGAAAAGGGGCUUAGAAAUUGUGCAAUACUGCGAAGAAUAACCCUUUUGUGCUUUCGCAGCUUGAAAUUAAAAGUAUGAUAAACAUUUCGCGGAUAUAAUGAAAGCAGCAGUUAGUUCAUGGUUUCCAGUGGGGCUAUAGCGUGCUGCGAUUUACUCACUUCCACAAUCAACGAGACUGUUUCAUUCCUCAUACAGGAUACAUGCCAAUUUUAAUCGCGCGAUGUUUAACACUCAUCACGUAUUCUCGAGGCAAAUUGGCUGCGACCGAAAUUUAAUUAAUUUAUUAACCCUAUUGCCUUAGUGAAACAACAAGAGAGGUGUUAAUAUAUCCAUGGAUACAGAGACAGUUUAAUAAUCUUCAUUGAACGUUAAUUGUAUUAUGGAGUUCUUUUAAUCACCACCCAGCGGUCAAAGACGACGGCUUUUGAGAUUUUAAGUCCAUAAAUCUGGCCGAACGAUCGCGGUAUUCAAAUUCCGGAGCCACGCACUUUCGCCAUCAUGGCGUCAAUUUUACCUACGGCACUCAUGAGCUAUUAACAUGUAAUAAAAAGAAUUAAGACAACGAGGCGAUGACACAAAUACAUUUUAUCAACUUCCUGGGAGGAAUAGUGUUAAGAGGGGACCAUGGGGGCGAGAGGAACAAACAAACUUAAGUAUUAUAUUGUUAAUAUCGCCUUAAUCACAACGCGCGCCCCUGAUUGGCUGAGCGCAAUAGCCUAUUUAUUUUGAGGCCUUUGUUUGAACAAAUAAACACUGAUUAAAACUAUGACAGUCGGUCAUUUUGAUUAACUAACAAAGGACGAAGAUUAGGGGCAAAUAUAAAAUCUGCAUUAAUCUAAAUUUUCUUUUCAAAUAAAAAUUGCUGAAGACGAGGCAAGUUCUUAUCGAGGACAAACAGCAAAGCUGGUCUUCAGAGAGAGUAAUUGUUGUGGAUGUUAAUGAUGGAAGGAGUGCGACCAACCAUGGUGUUUUCAGAGAAGAGGGAAAAAAGCGAAAGGCAUGGAGCAGAUCACUCGAUAGAGUCUGCUUUGAUUAACGCAUCGAGUAAAGGCUACACGAUUGAUAUGAUUCUAGGAACUCACGAUCGAAAACCCAAGCAGGAAAGCAAUCUUGAAGAUGACGGCAAAUUUUCUGGAAAUCCAAGCGACGAUGAAGGUACAGUAAUUAAAUAAACCAUUAACUCGUUCGGUCUCAAAAUUGAUAGCACAAUCUUAUUAAAACAUUCGAUAUAGUUUACUCAAGGAAUUUCAAUGCGUAAUUCUACCUUUUAAAAUGAACGCUCCGUAAACAUAGCGAAGAGCUACAGAUGAGGUGCUAAUUUCGUGUUUAAACUUCGAUUCCUUUAUUUUUCUUUCAUUAAACACAGGAAGAAAUGUUUGCUUCUGUCUCUCGUUAGGCCUUUAAGUAUCAUUUUCGCGGUCAGACUUCUGCUAACUGUUAGGAUAAAAUAUUUGUAUAGUGAGUUUAUUUGUGUUUCUCUCGCCCAAUAUGAUUGUAAAUUGACGCGCAUGUGGCACUGAAAUAAGCGCGACCUCUCGCGUCUUGUAAACUAAGUCAAAUACAGAGUAACUCGCUCGUCAGUUGCCCACUUAACUUUCAUUAUUUAACAGACGAUUUAAGUAUUGGCGACGAGAAAGGGUGCAAAGAUGGGGACGACAUUGAUGAGAGCGAUGGCAAACCUAGAAAAAUGAGACGGAGUCGAACCACCUUUACAACCUAUCAGCUGCAUCAAUUGGAGCGAGCGUUCGAGAAGACUCAAUACCCAGACGUGUUCGCUAGGGAGGAGCUAGCUUUACGGCUAGAUUUGAGUGAAGCAAGAGUACAAGUGAGUACAUUUUCAUAUCAUUCAUCGGUGGUCAUUUUUUGUAUUUAAGGGUAGGUUAAAAAUAGUUUUCAAGGUGAAGCCUGGAGUCAGUAUUAAUGGGCACAGACUACAGUCGGAACUUGGUUCAUGGGCAAGUGUUAAUGCCCACAUCAAAUGCGAACACCAUACGAAUAGACCGCUCCACUGCCGGGCUCGAGAUUCUCUCUUCUCUUCACCAACUGAGAAGUUCAUUUCGUUCUCUCAUCCGGUGACUUGCUGGAAUCGCGUGUUUAAGCAGAAUGGAGGAAAAACGUAACUCCAGGCUGCGGAAAUUAUCUUUUGCCUUUUGCAUCAGCGUAUAGAAUGGUUGCGUGGCGCCCGAAUCUUCAUUUCCGAGAAUGCAGCAAUAUUUAAACUUAGUUUGCGAUUCAAUAGUUGUGAUACAGUCAGGGUUCCUUUGUUUUAUCAAUUAUAUUGGUGAAAACAAGCCAGUCGCAUAACAGUUUCUUGUCUUUAUCAAUAUUUUAGAGAUUUGUAAAGUAAUAUUUUUUAAUUAAUUAAAUAAGAAGUGUUUUUGAUGUUUGCAUUAGUUCUUUCGUUUGUUAUAUAAAAACGCGCGUGCGAAUUGUUAAAACGAAAACUACCCUUCGAUUUUCAGGGCUCAUUCCUUAUAAAGCCAGUGGUCAGAAUAACUGGCGGGAGUGCUUUUUAGAGAGAGGAAAUCAAUUCUUUGAGUUGCUAGUAUAAAUAAGAAAAAUUACCAGCUGAAUAACUAUUAAUGGGGAUAAAAAAAAGUACACGCGGUGUUCGGUAACGCCCGAAGUUGAGUGCCUGUCAUUACAACCUGCCAACAAACGAAAUAUACCAAGAAAGUGAAAAAUCGUUCUACACGACCCAAAAGUGAUAUAACUAGUCCGUUUCGGCUCAAAGUGGCGCUGUUUCAAAAUGAACAAGACAACAGAAUCUUACAAGCUUUUGUUGUGAUACUUUUUAUGUUGUGUAAUUAAAUCUCGGAAGGUUUUGUUAAAUUUCAAAGAUUUUAAAAUUUACAUUCAACUGUCGGCGUGUAAAUGCGUAGCAUUGAUUUCUUUUAAUAAAUAAACUUCCUUUGAAACGCAGACUUCAAAUUCAAGUCAUUAAUAUGCUGAAAGAAAAUGUUUUACCGGAUCUUAAUGAUGGAGUUUGGACGGCGGCGUUGCGUUUCUUUCGUAAUAUCAUUUCGAAUUCAUAUUUUGUGCUGACGAAUUGCUAUUAACCACUGUAAAUUGCAUUUUAAGUGAAUAUGUAUACAAAGAAAUCACAAUUGAGGCAAUUAUUUCGCUGUAUUAAUGGGUUAUAUUGCACAGCCUUGAAAACAAAGUGGAUAAUUAAACAUGACGUCGAUACUAGAAUUGGCAAUUAGCACAGGACCUUUUGAAAAGUCAGAGGAUCUUUACAACUAUUUCAAUGGGGCAAGGCUUUCAUAAAUAACGCUUGCCCGAGGGGUUUAGGCUGGCAAAUUGAAAAAGUUAAUUAAGAAUAACCUUUGCUUUGUAAGCUUUGCGAUGUCUUCAUGAGAAACAAGCGACAUGUUAAUAGUAAUAAUUAUAACUAUAUUGAAAAGCUCAGAUGAAACAAGAGAAGAGAACGCACAUUACAUAGAUGCCGUGCGCAAGAAUAAAAAUCAGGAAAAACCUCAUGGUAUCCAUUUCCUUUUCAGACACUCAACAUUUGAAAUUCUUUCGCGUGUAUUUAUAACUAAGCAUGACUCGGUGCAUUCUUUUUAUUGAAGUUCCGUCGAGGUUCAAUGAAAUCGGUCAAGUACCAUUAUCCAAGUUAUCCAUCUUAUUUUUUUUUUAUAUAAAAGACAUUACUUGAGAGCGUCUUUCAGCUAAGACUGAUUGAUCAAGACAACGCAAAAUAUAAACACCUAUAGUUUGGUUAACAAAGAGUGAAAAAGAAAGAUGCAUUGUUUAAAUUUUGUGUUGUAUAGAUGAAGAUGACGAUGAAAAAUAAUGCCAAAAUAGACGGUUUAAAUUUGAUUUUUUGAUAAGGAAGUGAUUUCAUUUUUGAAGAUACCUUUCGAAAUUAUCCUUUAAAUUUGUUAAUUUUAUUUUUUUACGAUGGCAGCCAGUUACGUUCUAAAGUACACUUAGACAUACAAUCCGGUAAACUUUAGCCUAUCAAUAAACCUAAUAAGUUUUAAAAAUGACGCAAUUUCUUUACGCCGGCCAUUGUGUUCCCCUUAAAAUAUAUUUAGCGCGUCAGUUAUGUUUGCUUCUCCCAUCUUAUUAACGAGAUUCAGUAAACGGCUUACCAAAAGAGUUACUCGAGUUUGCGUGUCGUAGAAGGUUAAUUUGUAUGCAGAAAUCACACGUAUAGUCAGUUUGCCGGAAGGCAAAAAGUAAUCAGACAAAGUCCAACAUCGUGCGUUUCAUUCAAUAGUUUAACGCUCUUUCGUAGAAAUACUUAAUGUAUCACUUUCAAGCUAGAGUUUUCUCCGUUGAUAAGACCACAGUGAAUUAGUUGUGAAAACAAUCUCGUUAUCUCAACAGGCCACUCCUAGUUUAGACAUAAAAUAAAAACGACAUGAAAACUAUUAUCAGGAAAUGAAGUACUUAAUGAAACUCCAAAAUAUUGAUUCCACCUCAAGCUAAAAGCCCCAUAGCAUAAGUUAGAGAUAAGACAGAUAAUUAGGUGGACCAAAUUCGUCUAAUUAUAGAGUUUAUCGGCGAGAUGAUCUGAUUUUCCGUUGUGCCUCUUUCAUUUGUAACGCAUUUUAUUUUCUCUACUCGACUUGCCCCAAGUUUAUUACUUGGCCUAUUUAAGCGUUAAUUAAGUUUUUUGCAAGUUGUGCCUCUUUUUUCAGCGAAAAUCCAAUGCGCUAAACUAUAAAACUUUCACAAAAAUGAUGAAAGUAUAAGUGAAUUAUGAAUAAGAUAAAAAUCAAUGGCAAUACAGCUCAUUCUCACCCAUUUUACAUUUCUCACAAUCAAGCUUUCACGGCUGUGUAUUUAUCAACGCUAUGAAUCUUCCUCUGUAUCAGACACGCGAUAAAAUUGUUUUAUAAUGUGUACUUAUCAAAAUCAUUACAAUAUUUCAAUUAGAGGUUUUUUCCACAUACAGAUAUAAUUGAUACUUGGACGGAAGGAGGACUUCUUUUAACAAUUGCAAGAAUUCUAUGGUUGUUGUUUUUUACAUAUUCUAAACUGGAGAAUGAAAUCUUCACCUUACCGGGAAAAAUCACGUUAACACAACUUUUAACAAACUGUGGGAGAGGAGUAUUAAUAGUAGUUAAGUUUAGAAUGUCACCAUUCGAUUUUUUCCCUUUUUAAUUUUCUUGCAAGCGGGAAUUGUGAGCUAAUCAAGAAAUAGGAAAAAUAGGAGAUUUUAAAAUGUUCCGCAAGUCACAGAGAUCCUCAAAAAAAAAAAUCGAUUCUCGCAUAAUUUGUAAACUAUAAUAGAUUCUGACCGCGCUGUUAUGUUUUUGUAAGUUGUUAAUUUUGUAAUUGUUAAACAAGUUACUCAGAAACGUUUUAAAAAAAAUAAAGCAGAAUAAAGUAUUUGACAACGUAAUGUAUGAUGACAAAAGGAAACACGUAUGUCGACCUAAAGCUGUCUCCAGAAAGUUAGAAAUCACAGUUGAAUGCAAUCUACAAGAAACAAGAGUACAUCAUUCAAUUAUAAUGUCUUUCAUUACCAACGGCCAAUUAAUUAUGACAUAAAAACAUCUAACGCGGCUAUAACUUCUGAUUUAAUAAACAAAAUCUAUGAUGAGACCGUACCUUUCAAAAGAAAUCACUAAACGAAUACAGGCUUUUCCAUGCUGCUAUAAAAAUGUUUCUGCUUUAUUCAAAAUAAAAUUGGGUAUUUUAAACUAUCUCAGUUUUGCUUUCACCGGAGUAAAGAGUAAAAGGGGUUUCUGAUUAAGAGGUGAAAAGAGGGGGUAGUUAAGAGAGUGGACUUUUGCUGGUCAAUAUAACGUUUUCCUUUGCCACAAAACCGUGUAAAUGGCGACAUCGCGUUUACCUGUAUUUUCUAAGACCUGUUUUAAAUUAGUUUUGUUGGGUGUAUUAUUCGCGUGUUUUUAUACAUGUGGUUCCACCUCUACAAUACACGUGCCGUAAGCAUGGUUAUACCUAAACACGCGGCUUUGCGGUUCUUUGUCUUCUCUAAGCGACAUAUUUUUUUAUAUGCCGGAUACCUGCACCAUUCGCAAAGAAAAAGUAAAAUGCGGUAACGAUGAUCGCAUUAGUGUAACGAUCUUUGACUGGCCUUUCUUCAGAUCAAGAACAGUUCAUUUAAUAGUACAAAUGUCCGUCAUCUCGAGCAUCGCUUUCCAAUCUCCAUCCAGUUUCGAUCCUAAACUGCAAGCGUUGCAUACAAUUACAGUAAUUUGAAAAAAGUCCUUAAUUCAAGCAACUUAAUAUACAGAAUAAGUCUUUAAAGUAAAAAAAGAAUAGGCAUCAAUUUCUUUAUAUUCAACUAAUGGCACAUGAAGCGUUUUUUAUCCGUUAGAGCACAUUCCUCUGCGGAAUACCUUGAAUUCGCAGCUACUUUAACAAAGAGUAUAAUAAGUAUAAUAGUUCUGAAAAGGCUUUGUUGAACAGCGUUAAAGCAAAAACGCGGCAUGGGUCGUGUGUAUUGUUUUCAGCAGCUGCUGAACACAAGCCUAUAGUAUUUACCAUUGAGAGUGGCUUUAAUGGCCUUAAUGGCUAUCAUUUAAGGCUACCAGUUUAAAAUGAUUGCUGUUAAUUGGUUGGACGACACUUUCCAACGCUUGGCUUUCGUUUGAAAUUUGGUUUGGGCCUUUGUACGUAAUUCACGGCACUGGACAUCUAGAGCAAUCGGUCCUCGAAAAGGAACAAUUAAGCUGGACCUAGGAGGGAAAAAUAUAAACUGAUUUAAGAGAAAAAUGCCUACCACCAUUGAAAAUGUUCAUCUAUUGCUGGUUCAAAAGGAUUAGUGGCAAUUACUGUGGCCCCAAAGUUUCUCUCAACCACUCACAAUACAAUCCCCGUACUAAAAACAAAACAAUGCGAGAAGUAACUAGGCCCUUCACGACACUAGCAUAUAUGACGGCUCGUUCGUUGCUGUGGUUGUGGUUGUUGUUUGUGACGCUGACGAUGAUGAUGAUGAUGAUGAUGAUGAUUUGUUGUGUGCUCAGUGCUUUUUAAAAAACAAUAUUACUAAUGAUAACUUUUUGUAUAUCGUUCUUUUUCAGGUAUGGUUCCAAAACAGGAGGGCUAAGUGGAGAAAAAGAGAAAAGUCCAUCGGACGUGAAAGCCCGACAUACCUUUACGGACCAUCAAACGAUUACAGAGCACUUCAAGAUAUGCCACACGUACACGCCGGCGCACAUCCCUACCCCCCCGGAGUGGAAAGAUGGCACCCACAUGUGCCUGCUCUAAGCCUUUUGUCUCCUUACGCAACUGCUCCAAAUCCGUACGGUCCCCUAGGGGCCCACCUCAGUGUCGCUGGAAUCUCACCGGCAGCAAUGUACACGCACCAUCUUUACAGACAGUACGCACGCCCAGCAAUGACUCCAUAUUUGAAGAGCCCGCUCACUCCUUCGGACUCGCACGAAUUUCGUCGGUCAAGUAUUGAGAAUUUAAGAUACAAAGCGAAGCAACAUAGUUCUUCUCACACAAUGGCGGAUGCAGGCAAGACGGCUUAGCUCGCAUUUAAAAACACCUUAGGUAGAAAGAACAAAAUUAAAUUUGUUGAAUAUUUUAGCCUUGUUGGUGAAACAAAGGUUUCGAGUAAAUUAGUUUAGAGCUCAGUACUCUAAGCUUGGUUUUCAGUGUGAAAUUAUUAUUUUUGGUCAAUGCCGUUUUUUGAUCAACAUAAUAACAAUUUUUAGGCAUGUUUGUAUUUUUUUCGGUCACUAUCAACGCUUAUUGUGCUUCUCGAAACAUCAACUUGUCGGCCUGUAAGGUCAUGAUAAUUACUAGACAUACAUUUGUACCCAGUCGUAAUAUCUCACUUCGAAAAUAGAGUGAACAAGAGUUGAAAUAAGUUUGUACAUAGUAAUAAGCCUGACAAAUGCACCCUUCGUUAAGAGAUGGUUGCCGUAAUUUAUUACUAAAUGCGUGCUUUUUGUACCAAUGAGGAAUUGAAAAUAUAUUUAACAGAAAUAUUUCUUAUUUAUAAACGUGGCCAUGUGUGGCACGAGUUAGUAGCAACACUAGUGACAAAUCGUAUCUUAGAUCCCUUACAUUACCUGAGAGGUAGAAGUGAACGCAAGGAAAAGCAACUGUAGUGCUAGUAGAUACCAACCGGGUAUCAUUCUAAAUUGUAUUUGAAUAAGCUUUGAAGCGCAUUCAGAUAACAUGUAGAGGUUUUCCGUGCUCAUUCCAAAGGCUUCUUGUCACUUGGUCAGUGAAAGAAAGAGCUUUGGGGACGAGAAUGCACGUUUUUCAUCCUGUUUGACAAAACUACAUUUUCCUUAAUUUCGUUCAGCGCUAAAUUAAAUAAACUGACAGCAGUAUUCAGCUUUGACCAUUACCACUGACGUGGAUAGUUUUUUUUUUUCUGGCGUCGAAAGACUGACUUGGGUGCAGUGUAUUC